AACUCAAGCGAAUGAAGUUCUCGGAGCCGCCGUCUUUCAAGAAGAAAGGUCACGAAGUGCAGUACAAACAUAACGAGCGAGUAAAACUUUGUAUCACCGAGGCAGAGGACGCAAUCAAAGACAAGAAGUUAGACACGUGUCUCGAAAAGCUGAGUGAAGGUAAGGAGCAAAUCGAGUCGAGACAAAAGCUAAUUCUUCUUGCAGACAAAUCCGAGUAUGGGUGGAAAACCGUAUCAGAAUAUCUCGAUAACGAGCUUGCCGACGACGAGGAGGACGCCAAAAAGAUCAAGAAAGCCGAAAAAGAGGCCCAAAGAAAGCUUAACGAGACAAGAAACGCAAAGAAAACUCGCGCCAGCAGUCGCGGUGGAUUUUCCUGGUCGCGACGAGGAUCUUUCAAUGGCGGACGAACCUGGGUUUCCCCGUAUUUAGGGCCACAUCAACAGCCAGCACCAUCGACUUAUCCCAACAACCAUCUCUACAGUAGUACAGUUGGAAAGAAACCAGGGGUCUGUUUCUCGUGUGGUAAAGCUGGCCAUUGGAGCCGUGAAUGUCCUCUAACCACCGGGUUGUCGAAUGAAGUACAGCAGAGUGGAGGCGCCGUACGAAAGUUAAGUGUAAUUUCGUCAGAUUAUGAGGGGCUAGACGAAGAUGUAGGUUCCUUUCCCAAUGUGUUGGGCGAGGAUAGUGAGUUAGAGCGCUUUGCACAGGACAAUGAUACCCUGCUUGAGGAAGGGGAAUUUUCCCAGGGUGAUCCCAAUCAGGGCCAUGUGGGGGGCAGACUAAGGGAACACAUUUCCUCUUGGGAGGCUCUACAACCUCCUGAGUAUGUACUCAAAAUUCUCCGGCAAGGGUACAUCCUUCCUUUGACUACAAUACCAGAACCCCAGAUCCUUCGGAACAACAAAACUGCUUUGGAAAACGAGUCUUUCGUAACUGAAGCUAUCACUGACUUAUUAGCUUGUCAGAGCAUAGCUAUGGUGGAUCUCCCCCCUCUAGUGGUCAACCCUUUGUCAGUGGCCACAAACGCUAGGGGUAAGAAACGUUUAGUCUUAGACCUCAGACACGUCAACCCUCACUUACACAAACUAAAAUUUAAAUGCGAGGAUGUUGACACAGCAGUACUCUUACUGAAUCCUGGUGAUUUCUUGUUCACAUUUGAUAUCAAGAGUGCAUACCAUCAUAUAGAAGUUUUUAAAGUUCAUCAAACAUAUUUAGGUUUUCAGUGGGUUUAUAACGGCAAGCCCCAAUAUUUUAUUUUUCGGGUUCUGCCCUUUGGGCUUUCUACUGCACCUCUGGUGUUUACUAAAAUUUUAAAACCAGUACUUCGACAUUGGAGGUCCUCAGGUAAAAGAGUCUGCAUGUUUCUGGAUGAUGGCUUAGGGGGUAGUUCAUCACUACAGAGUGCCACCAUAGUCUCACAGGCAGUCAAGAGAGAUCUGAUUCAGUUAGGGUUCCUCCUCAGCGAGAGUAAGUGUUUUUGGGAACCAAUGCCGAUACAAACAUGGCUUGGCCACAUUUUUAAUAUGUCUCUUAAUCAGUUGUUUGUUACCGAAACACGGUUACAGAAAUUGGAACAAUCGCUAGAUAACAUCUUAGGGUGCCCCAAAAAAGUAACGGCGAGACAACUGGCAGCAGUAGCAGGGCAAAUAGUGUCCAUGUCCCGGGCUAUAGGCCCAAAAGUUUAUCUGUAUACACGCCAUAUGUAUUUCGCUAUAGAGACUAGGGAACAUUGGGGAUCCAUUUUGUCAUUCAAUUCUAAACUCACAACAGAAUUACAGUAUUGGGUAAGCAAUGUCCGCACCCUUAACGGUAGGGACAUGUUCAGAGAACCACAGCUUUUUGACACCAUCGUGUACUCAGAUGCCUCAGACCAAGGGUAUGGGGGCUAUGCGAUUUCCAACCAUCAGACACUGGUCUGUCAGGGACACUGGUUGGAAAGCGAGAGAGGGACGAGUUCCACUUGGCGGGAACUUAAGGCAGUACAUAACAUGUUGUUAGCAAUAGGAAAGAACUUAUGUAAUCACCUGGUUCAAUGGUACACUGACAAUCAAAAUAUCAUACACAUUUUAGCUAGGGGCAGUAGAAAACAAGAAUUGCAGAGUUUAGUGGAAGCAGUGAUAGAGUCAAGUAGUGGAUUUGGUAUUCAGAUCAGCCCAAUUUGGGUCCCAAGGGAGGAAAACCAAUUAGCCGAUUAUCUCAGCAAACUGUCUGAUGGUAACGAUUGGGGCAUCCACCCACAUAUUUUUAAUUGGAUCGAUUCCAUGUGGGGGCCAUUCACGGUAGACAGGUUUGCUACCUGUUAUAACACCAAGUGUGCUCGAUUUAACUCGCGUUUCUGGAACCCGAACUGUGAAGGGGUCGAUACUUAUACGAUAAGUUGGGCAGGGGAAAACAACUGGGUAGUUCCCCCACCUAAUCAGAUUAUCAAGGCAUGGAAACAUUUCCAAAUUUGCAGAGCACGGGGAGUUUUAAUAGUACCUCUAUGGAGAGGGUCAACUUUCUGGCCAAGCAUAUGCCCAGACGGCACUCAUUUAGCUCAGUGUGUGACAACUUGGGCUGGCAUCCCAGAGUGGAACCACCCAGCCACAGUACCUGGCAGAUCCCAUAACACCGUUUUCAAUGGCGAUGUACUGCCCUUUAAAUUAAUUGCACUCUAUAUUGAUUGGCAAACAUGCAAGAAAAGGACAUCAAACAGAGGUUUCUGUAUGACUCCUUCCGGUAUGUGUACAGAAUGCAUAUAGCUCAGCAUAGACUUCUGGGGAUGGUUUCUUCCACAGGUGGUUGUCAUAUCAAGCCUUAAGUUUUUACAGUCCACAGGUGACUAUUUUCCCACAGGUGGUAGUAAUCUCAGGGGAUUACAGAAUAAUUUCAGGGGAUUCCCACCGGUGGAAAGAAAGUGAAUUUGGUAAUGGCUCAGUCCCCCGUUCUUGACAUCUGGUUUUCGUUAAGCAUUGGCAAUAUCUUUGUGCAGGAAUGG